GUUGGCUUGACGAUGUCAUAACGAGCACGGAUUGUGUUACGCUUUACAUAUAUUUGCAUGCUCUUGAGUCAACAAGGGUGUCGUCCAGUGCCUUGAGGUAUAUCUCUUCUACCAAGAUUCCUAAACUGUUUUUCAAGUUUUCAGUGCAGCGGCAUAGUUCAACAUGGCGCAAGUAGUGACUGCACAACCUGGUAUGCAGACAACUGUUGUUGUCCAACAAUCUGGGACCGUUGCCUAUAGAGACUGGAAUUCGAGUCUUUUCUCUUGCUUCGACGACAUUGGAUCUUGUUUGAUUGGAUUCUUGUGUCCAUGUAUAUUGACGAUCCAAGUGUCACAGCGAAUGGGUGAAGGCUGUUGUUUUGCUUGCUGUUGUCAGGGAGCACCUUUGGCUCUGAGGGCCAAACUCAGGACUGAGCAGCACAUCCAGGGUUCCCUGUGUAAUGACGCAAUCAUCAUGAACUUCUGUGGUGUAUGUGCCAUGUGCCAGAUGUCUCGUGAACUCAACGCUCUUGGACGCUAAACUAUCACCUACACUCAAGUUUGAAUGCCAACUCGCAUAAGUUUUGUAUUUUUUGUCUCACUUAUAGUGGAUUUUUCAUAGAAAAUCACAAAUUCUUUGUUAGUUUUUCAUAAUGAAUGGCUAAUCUGUGUUGUAAUAAAAACAUACUUAAGUGAUGGUACCAGUAUGUACUCCAUGUAGACCGGAAUGAACCGUUUGAAAAUAAAGCACAWUUACAAUUUA